AUGCCAAAGUCGUCUGCUAAAAGUGACAAAUCUAAAAGUGGUAAGAUGAGUGGAAAAAAUUCAACUAAUUCUAACAAUAAAACUGAUAAUGCCUCGUCAGCCGGCUCUGGUAAACAGUCCAAAUUGGCAAAUGCAGUGAAGGUACGUCAUAUACUAUGCGAAAAACAAAGUAAAUGCUUAGAAGCUUUGGAACAACUUAAAAAUGGUAAGCGUUUUAAUCAAGUAGCAGAAAUGUACAGUGAAGAUAAAGCUCGUUCAGGGGGUGAUCUAGGAUGGAUGUCCCGUGGAUCAAUGGUUGGUGCAUUUCAAGAUGCAGCAUUUAACUUACCUAUAUCAACUUUAGAAAAUCCCAAGUACAGUGAUCCUCCAGUUAAAACACAAUACGGAUAUCAUAUUAUCAUGGUUGAGGGAAGACGAUAA